UGCCUGAAAAAUUUGACAUCACAAAACUAUACGACAUGUUUAUCGAAAAAAAGCGGGAAAUCUUCAUAGGCAAAGGGAAUACAGGUGGGAAUACGCUGUCGGAACUGGCGAUCAAAGACCAGUUCGAGAUAUGUCUUGCAUAUCACCGCAACCUCGCUUUAGAAGUGAUUCUGACUAAAGCAGAUACUGAUUUAUUCUCGAAUUGUUGUAGAAGUGACAAGGACAUGGAGACGUACCUUUUAAAAAUAGGAAUCGUGCAAAAAUCCGAUGAGGAAUACCAAUUCAUACACAGGACUUUUGCAGAGUACUUUGUGGCUCAGAGCGUUCUGAGGGAGAUACAUCUCGAAAAUCAAAAUGUACUGUUUCAUAGGUUUCUCAUCGACGAAUUGUUAUUGAAACCGGAAUUUGAGGUUAUCCGUGCUUUCUUCGACAGUCUGUUGCAGAACUGUAGUUUAAAUUAUAAUUUAUUUGAAAACUACCUUUCCUUUACAUACGAAAGCAGCUUGAGGUACUGGAAGUGCAACGAAAAUCUCAUUUUUGUGCUUUCAGGGGAAGGUCACGUGGCAAUUCUCCAUCUUAUUCUAAAAAGCAUACAUUUCAAAGCUACCGGGGGUCAAGAAAUCAACAUCAAACACUGGCGAGUCGACAGAAAAAAUAUGAACACGCUGAGAUAUCUAGGGACCCUCGUGCGAGAAGGUGGGGUAAAUAUUAGGGACGAGAAUGGUUAUAUGCCUUUGCAUCGAGCCAUCAUGGGAUGCCAUUUCGAGAUGGUAAAGUUUCUGGUGGAACAAGGCGCUAAUGUGGACGGUACAGAUGAAGAACGUAACACGGGUUUAAUUUUAGCGGCUUCUGAGGGUUGCUUGGACAUUAUCAACUUGCUUCUACAGCACGGCGCAGCUAUUAAUAUUACAAAUAACGACGGUCGUACGGCGCGGCACGAAGCCGCCGAGUGUGGUUAUUUGGACAUUGUGAAACACCUCGUGGGUUCUAAUGCAGAUUGUAAUAUUAAAGACAAUUAUGGUCGCACGGUACUGCAUUUAGCUGCUCAAAGUGGCCACUUGGACGCUGUCGAAUACCUCCUGGGGCUUGGUGCAGACUUUGAUGUGAGAGACAAUGAUGGCAGCACUGUGCUACACCUAGCUUGCGCGCGAGGUUGUUUGGACACUGUUAAAUAUUUCGUUGGACUCAAUGCCGAUGUGAACGCUAAAGAUAAGAAUGGACAAACAUUGUUGCACGUAGCUUCUGAGUGCGGUUAUUUAGAAAUUGUUGAGUAUCUGACGAAGCACGUCGAUUCCAAUAUUAGAGACAAUGAAGGUCAUACAGCGCUUCAUUUAGCUGUUAUGAAAGGUUAUUUGGAAAUUGUCAAGUAUCUCAAAAAAGACGACCAAGAUUUCGGCAUAAAUGACAACAAAGGCCGCACUUCACUACAUCUAGCUGCCGCUAACGACUUCUUAGAAAUCGCCUCGGAAAUAGGUGGAGAAGUUAAUGUCACUGAUAAUAACGGAUGCACGCCACUACAUCUAGCUGCUGGAAAGGGCUAUAUGGACAUUGUCCAAUACCUCGUCGAAGGCGGUGCAGACAUCAACGCCAAAGACAAUAAAGGGCGUACGGUACUUCACUCUGCUUGCUUAACGAACAAAUUAGAUUGUAUUAAAUAUCUCAUGAAACGUGGUGCAGAUUGUAAUACGAGAGACAACAGAGGUUGUACGGUACUGCAUUUGACUGCUGCGGAUGGCUAUUUAGACACCAUUAUGUUCCUUGUAGGACUCGGUGUAAACUUUAACAUAAAAGACGACAACGGUCGUACGGCAUUUCACUUCGCCGCCUUGAAAGGGAAGUUACGCACCGUUAAAUACCUCGCAGGACUCGGUGUUGAUUUAAACAUCAAAGACAACGAUGGACAAUCUGCCUUACAUUACGCCAUUUUUAAUGACACCUUGGACACUGCCAAAUACCUGACGGAACAAGGUGUAAAUCCUAAUAUUAAAAAUAAUCACAGCCGUACGCCACUGCAUAUUGCUGCCCUAUACGGUAAACUGGACGCUGUCAAAUAUCUCAUGCAACUCGGAGCAGAUUCUAACAUUAAAGACGAAAACGGCAAAACGGCAUUUGAUUACGUUGAUAACGGAGACUUUGUCAAAUUCAUUAUGGAACUUGAUAUGAAAUCUAAUAAUUCAGAUACUGUUGAGAUUCCAUUAUUUUUCGAAAUUGAUGUGACCGAGGAAGACAACAUGAUGAAUAUCGAACAAUUGGUUACUAAUUUGGAUACUGUUACAGAUAUAAGUGAGAGUGAGUUGUACUCUCUUGAACUCAAUGUCGAUAGUACUGAAAAUCUAAGUAAUAGAAACCUUUACGCGGAGGGAAAUGGUGAAUUGGACACAAUUAAAAAUGCGAUUGGACUUCCUGAACACAGUUUGAAUGACAAUAUUACCUGCAAUGACAACUCCACUAUACCGAAUUUGUCUGCUCAUAAUAAUGAUUUGAACACUGUUAAAUACUCGAAUAUAAAUGAAGUUGAGUUGAACUCUAUCGAACCCAAUGUUGAACGUGCUGUAGAUUUACAUAAUGAUGAAUUGGACAUUAGUAAAAACACGGCAAUUGAACAAGCUGUAGAUAUAAUUAGUGGAUAUAACAUUAAAGGCAGAGCUAAUUCCAUUAUACUGAAUUUGACUGCUCCAAACAUUGGUUUGGACACAGUUGAAAAUUUUAUUGAACAUGCUGCAGGUUUAAAUAACAGAGACAUUAUUCCCGCAAACAAUAAUGGCUCUACUUUACUGAAUUCCGCUACCGUGAAAGGUGAUUUGGAUACAGUAAAACACUCAGAUACAAUUGAGAAUGAGUUGUACUCUCUUGAACUCUCUGUGGAACGUACUGUAGAUCUAAAUAAUAGACAAGUUUACGUGGCACCAAAUGGUAAAUUAAACACUACUGUAGAUGGAAACGGUGGCGAUAAUAUUCAAGGCUAUAACGACUCUACGUUGCCGAAUUUGAACGGUGAUUUGGACACUGUUAAGAGCUUCGAUAUAAAUGAAAGUGAGUUGGGCCUUCUUGAACUCUCUGUCGAACGUACUGAAAAUUUAAAUAAUCAAGACCUUCAUACGGGGAGAAAUGGCGAAUUGGACACCAUGAAAGAUGUGAUUAAGCAUGCUGUAGAUGUAAGCGAUGACAACACUAUUCAAGGCAAUGAUGACUUCACUUCAACAAAUUUGAUUGUUCAGGAUAGUGAUUUGGACACUGUUAAACACUCAGGUAAAAAUAAAGACGAAUUGGCCUCUGUGGCGCUAAAUGAUGAAUUGAAUACUAGUGGAAACGUAGGUGAAAUUAGUAGAGACAAUAUUUCCACUGCUCUUCAUUCGUUUGGCCAAGAUAAUGAUGAUACUGUGGUAUCAAAUUUGUUUGCUCAGAACGAUGACUUAGAAAUUGUGAAACAGUUCGCAGAACACGAUGUUGAUGAUAUUAUAAGUAAUGAUGACCACACAGCAUCGCAUUUACCUGCUGAGGAGGGUGAUUUGGACAAACAAUUCAUUGAAAAAGUAUCAAAAGUACAAAUUAAAGACAAUAACCAAGGCCGCACGACUUUGCAAUCAGGCACCGGGCAGAAUAAUCAGAAAAAGACCCGAUGUCCGUUAUGCAAAAUUAUAUAAAUCUGUUACAUUGGAAAGAAAAAUACUGAUAUUAGUAAGGGAAAACAUUCAACAAACUCUGUUCACUCUGCGUGGUCAGUAGGCUUCAGUACUUGUUUAACCAAUUGAACUUUGUAAGAAUAAAAAUGCAAAUCUUUCAUGAGAAUACGCUGAAAAGAGCUUCUCGAAAUGCCCAGUUCUUGACCACGGUGUCGAUAUGACGUUCCUGUGGACUCUCCGCAACGAACUGCUUCUAUCCUAGAUUAUAUACUUCGAUGAGUUUCAGCCACUAAUUGCUCCAGACUCCCUGAAUUUUACAAUUAAUCUCUUCACAGUUAGUUGAUGAAGUUUAAUUACUAUUCCGACCAAAUUUUCUACGAAAAUUGCGAACUGUAGCUGUCAAACCUUCAUUAUAUUAAAAGUAUUGCUCAAUAA